UCUUCCGGUUUUCUCCCGUGCCGCGUGGAGAUGGCAGGCACGAAGACGAAGGUCGACGGGCCGGCGAUCGGGAUCGACCUCGGGACGACCUACUCGUGCGUGGCUGUGUGGCGACCUGUGCAUCAACGCGUGGAGGUCAUCGCCAACGACCAGGGAAACCGCACCACGCCGUCUUGUGUGGCAUUCACCGACUCCUGGCGGCUCAUAGGCGACGCGGCCAUGAAUCAGGCCGCCAUGAACCCCGUCAACACUGUCUUCGAUGUGAAGCGACUGAUUGGCCGGCGAUUCAGCGAUGUGUCAGUGCAAGGAGAUAUGAAACUAUGGCCCUUCAAAGUGAUUUCAGGACCCGGUGACCGGCCGACGAUCAUGGUGCAGUACAGAGGCGAGGAGAAGCACUUUGCGGCCGAAGAGAUCUCUUCCAUGGUGCUCGUUAAGAUGCGUGAGACCGCUGAGGCCUACCUCGGUAAGGAGGUGGAGAAUGCUGUCAUCACUGUCCCGGUGUACUUCAAUGACUCACAGCGCCAGGCCACCAUCGACGCUGGUGCUAUUGCUGGCCUCAACGUUAUGCGCAUCCUCAACGAGCCGUCAGCUGCGGCCAUUGCCUAUGGUCUUGACAAGAUGUACGAGACUUGCGAAGUAAAGACGGUGCUCAUUUUUGAUUUUGGUGGCGGCACCUUGGAUAUCUCUGUUAUCGAUAUUGACAAUGACAUCUUUACGGUCAAGGCCACAUCCGGUGACACUCACCUUGGUGGCGAGGAUCUCAACAACCGAAUGGUGGAACAUUUUGUGCAGGAUUUCCUUACGAAACACAAGAGUGACAUGGGGAACAACCCGAGGGCGCUGAUGCGGCUGAGGACAGCAUGCGAGAGGGCCAAGAGGAUGUUGUCUUCAACGGCACAGACUAAAUUUGAGAUCGACUCGCUCCACGACGGCAUUGAUUUCUAUGGGAGCAUCAGCCGUGCACGGUUCGAGGAGCUCAACAUCGACCUAUUCCGCAAGUGCAUGGACCUUGUGGAGAAGUGUCUUGGCGAUGCAAAGAUGCAUAAGUCGCAGAUCCACGACGUUGUGCUCGUCGGGGGAUCCACCCAUAUCCCCAAGGUGCAGCAGUUGCUCCAGGAUUUCUUCGAUGGGAAGAAGCUGUGCAAGAGAGUCAGUCCUGACGAGGCUGUCGCCCACGGCGCUGCUGUCCAGGCCGCCAUCCUCAACGGCGAGUAUGACCAGAAGGCGCAGGACUUCCUUCUUCUCGAUGUCACACCGUUGUCGCUUGGGGUGCAGAUAGUAGGUGGUGUCAUGAGCGUGCUGAUACCAAGGAACAGCACCAUCCCUGUUAAGAGGGAUGGGCCUUACACGACAACAUACGACAAUCAGACCAGCGUGUGCUUCCCGGUGUACGAGGGUGAAGGCGAGUUGACCAAGGACAACAACCGACUUGGCCAGUUCACGCUCAACAAUGUCCCUCCAGCGCCGAUGGGCAUGGCACAGCUCAGAGUGACAUAUGAAGUCGAAGCCAACGGCGUCAUGAAGGUGUCGGCGGAGGACCUGACGACUGGAAACAUGAGCAACAUCACAAUCACCAGCGACAAGGGUGGGCUGAGCAAGGAGGAGAUCGAGCGGAUGGUGCGUGAUGCCGACAAGUACAAAUCCGAGGACAAAAAGAAAAUGAAGAACGUGAAGAAGGAAGGCGGAUGCCCAUGAGGUCCUGAAACUGGACGCACAUCGUGCUUCUUUAAUCCUAAGAACACUAGUACAAUGGAUGCAUUCUUAGUACGAUUACUGUUCUACAUGUUCUGGGAUGGAAAAUAUGCAUGGCCCUCCUAGCAUGCGGCAUCUUUUGUUUCUUCGCUGCUGAC